CUCGGCUGCACGCCCCACUCGUCUCACGGCUCUCCAGCCGACAUGGGGGCCGUCGUCUCUCACCACGCGCCGCCCGACAUCGCCUUCACGCCUCAGGACGAAAACGAGAUCUGCCAUUGGCGUCGCCGCGCCCACGCCAAUAGCGGCGACGGCGAGCUGACGCUCGAGGGCGCUAUCGCGCAUCUCGCUCCGCGGCGGCGCGGCCAUGCGGGCGCUGCGCCGAGCGUCGCGGCCCCUCCGGCCGUCGCUGCUGACGACCAGAGCAUGCGUGUUCGGUACACGGCGGGCGCCAACCGCGAGGGCCGCCGCCGGGCGCAGCUUCGUGUGCGGCGUCGGUGGAUUCUAGCCGUUCGCCGUGGUCUGGCGCGUUUCGGGCGGCCGUGGACCGAUCUUCCUGGCGACCGCUCCGACUACGACAUUCUCGUCGAUCUUCCGGCGGCGCCGUAGCGCGCGGGCCUCGUCCCUCUCUCUCGUCGGGUCUCGUCCCGCGUCCCUGAUGGGCUGUCGCGCACAUCCGUCCCUCUCUUUCGUCUUCAUUGGGUGUCGAGUCCCCUCUGCUCUCGCUCCUCCACUCUCUGCUUUGGGAUGUUAGCGUGCUCUCGUACCGUGAGUACUCUCCAUGUGUGGAGUCACGAGUCUCGUACGCAUGACGGACCCUUUUACCAUUCC